CUAGCUUGAUAGCUAGGCUAGCCAAUCUGCCAGAUAAUCUUAUAGCUAUGAUAUAACCUCCGUUUAGCCUCUUCACCGUUGAACUACAAGCACUGAAUAGUUUACUAAAACCCUCGACUCCAGCAUAUCACCAUUAGCUUGCUGUAUAUUCGCUGCGUGGCCUAGAUUAAAGGCUGAAACACCCAUUUUAUUCCCUUUUGGAUCUCAGUCUACAAGCUAGCUUAGCAACGUUAGCAUUAGCUGCACAGCCCACCAUGGCUGAAUUUGGGUUUAAUGAACACCAUCAACAUGAAGUCAUCAAUUACAUGCGAUUUGCACGUUCAAAGAUGGUCCUGAGACUUAAGACCAUUGACUCAUGCUUUGAAGAGCUCAAGGACAGCAGGCUGGUGGAGGAAACCUUCACAGUGGACGAGGUGAAGGAGAUGCUGGACGGGCUGCAGGCGGUGGUGCGUGGGGAGGUGGAGACGGAGCUCAUCAACACGGCUCACACCAACGUGCUGCUGCUCAGGCAGCUCUUCUCUCAGGCUGAGAAGUUUUACCUACGACUGCAGAGCGAUAUCUCAGAGCUCGAGAACAGGGAGCUGUUAGAACAAGUGGCUGAAUUUGAGAAGACUGACUUCAAAACCGCUGAUAAGAUAAACCAGGAAACAAGCAAACCCAAGCUAGCACCGCUAAAUGAAGGCGGGGUGUCCGAACUUCUUAACAAGGAGAUAGCGAGACUACAGGAGGAAAAUGAUAAACUGAAAGCCAGAAUGCGGACUUUAGAAUCACAGGCAAUGAGUGCGCUGGAUGAGAGAACCAAAGCAGAGAGAGCCCUGAAGGACAUUCAGAAGGUCCAAGGUGACCAACAGCUGGCUGCUCAAUCCCAGGAGAUCAGCAGUCUGGAGGACACAGUGGCAGCUCUGAGGGAUGAUUAUGAAAAAACUCUUAGUGCCAACUCGGCCUCCCAGAAGGGUCUGCAGGAGAACCUGAUCUCCGCCAAACACGAGCUUCUGCGAGUGCAGGAGCAGCUGUCAUUGGCAGAGAAGGAGUUGGACAAGAAGUUCCAGCAAACUGCGGCCUACCGCAACAUGAAGGAGAUCCUGACCAAGAAAAAUGAGCAGAUCAAAGACAUUAGAAAACGAUUGCAGAGAUAUGAGCCCAAUGAAUGAGUUCUACCCAAGAAAACAGGUGUCCGGAGGGUUUCGACGGGACCAAGAAACCACCAGUUCCACUGCUGCAAGACAAGAGAGACAGAAAAAAAGCACUUCCUGUUGAGGAAUUGUUUAUUCAUGCUUUAUCUGGCAUCUCCAGUAGUUAUUGGCUUUAGUAAAGAGCGCGAGCAGAGUCGGGGAGGUCGUCAGUACACACACCGCCGAGCACACUGAUGAAAUAGUGACAAUUGAUAGCCUUCUCCAGCUGUGCUUUUCUUUUUCUACGUCCCAGUUUUGGAGCUGACUUACUGUAGCUAGCAGACUUCCCUCAGUGCUCUAUGCAAUUACUAUCACGUCCCUGUUUGAAGAGGCCUUGUCCAUUUGUCUGCCUGAAGCAUUGCCGUCUAGUCCAUCAGAUGGUUAUAGGUGAUAUUUAGCUUUCUAGCAACGGGUAAUCGAGUAUUGAUAUUUUGCUGAUCAGUCUUAAUUUUAGCAGACCCUUUUGUAAUCCAAAUAUUGUUGAGUUAGACCCAAGCCGUUGUGUUUAUCAAUAGUGAACAGCUUCAAAUUAAUGUUUACCGACCUUUUGAGGUCAACCCUGCUUUAAUUUGUGACCUAAACAUUUUAAUUGCAUUUCACACUAAAACAUAUUUCCAAUGAUCUGACAUUCUGUGAAAGUCCGAUCAUUGAAAAUAUACCGAAAUUUCUCGCGAUUGUUUUUUCUGCUCUUGCUGAUUGAAUGAUGUGGAUAGUGAUCUGGAGUGAUUUCCCUACAUCCCCUACACAAAAGGGCAUAGAAUAUUUUUGUCUGGAAUCUUUAACUGUGUACUUUUCGUAUUGCUGUGGGUGAUGGAGUGUAAGAGAAAAUGAUGUUCAUGAAGUAAUGCUCUUGUAGAGUAUGAUACAUCGACCCUAUAUUACACUAGAUGUGCAUUUGUUUGUAUUGUGCAAAGUAUGGGGUAAUAA